CGCACCCGCGACGGCACAAGCAACGGAGCAAGAAGGAAAUAAAAAUCCCCAAUCCCACCACCCACCACUGCCCCCUCCCCCUCCACCUCAACCUCCCAGAUCUGCCCUCGCCGGCGGCGUUGGGCCCGCGAUGCCUCGGGCGGCGCGGCUGCUCCGCGCCGACGCCGACGCCGACGCCCUCAACGCCCCCUCCGCCCGCUGCUGCUGCUCCCACCGCCUCAAGCCCUGGUCUUGGCACCCCAACAUCCACUCCUCCUAGCGCGCCCCCCCCUCCCCUCCCCUUCCCCACCCCUCCCUCCUCCUCCCGUUACUAGACUUCUCUCCUUCUCGUCACCGCCGUGCCUCUGCAGCUUGCGCGAUCCGAUCGCCGGCGCUCGGACCGGGGUGUGUGCGUGUAGAUUCUGGUUACUGUUCCAGGAAUCUGAGUUCUUGAUGGAUGGUCAUUCAUCCGAUCUCGGGGGGGUGCCAGCGGUGGCACCUCAUGGUGACUCUUCAAUGGUCACUGGUGGCACGGGCAUUCCUCCAGGGAAGCAGUCUGCCCUGGAUCGACCUCUGAGGCAGGGGGAGGCUGCCGGUUGUUCGUUGGAGGCUGGAACGUGCGCGGGUUCCUCCAGGCCGGCCGGCUCGGGGCCGAAGAAAGACCUCCAGAAGUGCGCGACGUUUCCGCCAUCUGCCGUCGAGGCCGAACAGGAGGAUCCGUGCUGUCACGCCGGUGAUGAUGCGUCGAAGGAUGCGCACACUUACCACCGCUCCGUGUCAUUGCCUUCAGCUGUGAAGCUCAUCCCUGCUAUCAAAGGAAGCCGCCAAAAGAAUGGGAUUCCUUUACCAGCAGAGGAUCGCCACAUCAAAUGGGCGGCCGAUGUGUAUGACCCCCCUGUUUCAUCCGUUUCCCAUUCUGUGAACAACAGCUACCAGCGACGUCCCAAGCCUCGUAAAAAGGACAAGAGCAAACAGAAAGAGAAGCGGAAGGCCAGGAACAAGAAGAAAACUAACAACGCUUCCCAGAACCCAGCUGUGCUCCAGACUCCGGGGCUGGAAGACCUUGGCACCUCUAUUGGUAGCGAGGCCCCAGCCGACCCCGGCAAGCUUGAGACUGAGAUGUUGGACUAUGGGAUCAGCAGCCAAGAGGCCAAAUGCGGAAGCAGCUUCCUGCUCGAGACGGUUGCUAAGAUGCAUUUCUCCACCGCCGAGGCCUCCUGAAACGCCCGCGGGAGACUCCAGACUCUGCAGUAGCAUCAUCUCUGUUAUGUAAAUAGGAUGGCUGUACAUAAAUAAAUCAUGUGUGUUGUUAUCACCAUGUAUCUCCCGUUGCACGUGAUGUGCUAGAGAACUUCUGCCCUAGCGUUAUUUCGUAGCAAUCGCCGUGAAUUUUGGACUGGUUUUUGUAUGUAACUUUGAAAGUUAUGCUAGACAAAACUAUCAUCAAUCUAUUACUCUGUAGUUGCUGCCUUA